AUGGUACGAGCAACACACCAGGCGGUCAAUGGUUCGAGCCCCACACCAAGCUGUCAAUGGUUUGAGCCCCACUCCAGGCGGUCAAUGGUACGAGCAACACACCAGGCGGUCAAUGGUUCGAGCCCCACACCAAGCUGUCAAUGGUUUGAGCCCCACUCCAGGCGGUCAAUGGUACGAGCAACACACCAGGCGGUCAAUGGUUCGAGCCCACACCAAGCUGUCAAUGGUUUGAGCCCCACUCCAGGCGGUCAAUGGUACGAGCAACACACCAAGCUGUCAAUGGUUCGAGCCCCACACCAAGCUGUCAAUGGUUCGAGCCCCACUCCAGGCGGUCAAUGGUUCGAGCCACACACCAGGCGGUCAAUGGUUCGAGCCCCACUCCAGGCGGUCAAUGGUUCGAGCCACACACAAGGCGGUCAAUGGUUUAAGCCUCACUCCAGGCGGUCAAUGGUUCGAGCCACACACCAGGCGGUCAAUGGUUCGAGCCCCUCUCCAGGCGGUCAAUGGUUCGAGCCACACACCAGGCGGUCAAUGGUUCGAUCCCCACACCAAGCGGUCAAUGGUUUAAGCCCCACUCCAGGCGGUCAAUGUUUCGAGCUACACACCAGGCGAUCGAUGGUUCGAUCAACCCACCAAGCUGUUAAUGGUUGGAGCCCCACUCCAGGCGGUCAAUGA